UUCUCCCGCAGCAGAUCCCGAGAGGGGGCCGGGUCUGCGGGACCCUAGAGCUGCAGGUCAGGGCCCAGGGAGAUGUGGGGGAGGAGGGGGUCGGUAGCUCUGCAAUCUCCCCCUGUCCUGGGCAGCCCGGUGCUGCGGGAUUGAUUGGGGUGGGGGGUGCUCUCUCAACCCCCCCCCCCCGGGGACGCUCCGGAUUGGCAGGACCCCAGGCCGCGGCAAUCAAUGAGUGGACCUGGGCGGCGGGGUCUCUGGCACCAGCUGAUGGGGAUUUGCUGGGACCUGUGAGCGCCCAGCGCAGCUCUCUGGGGCUCCCGCUCGCACAAUGAACCCUUGCUAAGGGGCGGGGGGGCAGAAGGGGGCCGGCUGAGGGCUGGGCACCAGGGAGAAGAACCGGAGCGACAGGGAAACACGCAGGCACCCACCGGCGCGCUGUGCCCUGCCCGCCCCUCUGCCAGGGGCCAGCUCAGCCCCGAGCCCGCAGGCUGGAGCCGCGCAAGGUGUGAGUCUCCUCGGGCAGGUAACAUGGAGCAGCUAAACUGACCUGAGGAGCCGUCCCAGCUUGCCCAGAAUGGGCUGUGUGUAUUGCAAGGAGAAGGGGUCGAAUAAAGGCCAGACGGAGAACGUCGAUGGCAUGACCGGCUCGGCAUCGAAAUCCUGCUACGGCCCUGACCCGACCCAGCAGAAUCCCACCAGCAGCUUCACCCCCAUCCCUGACUUUAACAACUUCCACAGCACACCCGCCAGCACCGCCGGCGCCCCCUUCAUGGGCCCCAGCCUCUAUCCCAACAGCACCUUGCACAUGCGUGGAGGGGGGAUCACAGGCGGGGGGGUGACCCUUUUCAUUGCCUUGUACGAUUACGAAGCCCGGACGGAGGAUGACCUGACAUUCCUGAAGGGGGAGAAAUUCCACAUUAUCAACAAUACCGAGGGCGACUGGUGGGAGGCGAGGUCCCUGAGCACAGGGGCCACGGGCUAUGUCCCCAGCAACUACGUGGCCCCGGUGGACUCCAUCCAGGCGGAAGAGUGGUACUUUGGGAAGAUGGGGCGAAAGGACGCUGAGAGGCAGCUUCUGUGCCAGGGCAACCUCCGAGGGACCUUCCUCAUCCGGGAGAGCGAGACCACCAAAGGUGCCUAUUCCCUGUCCAUCCGGGACUGCGACGAGACUAAGGGCGACCACGUGAAGCACUAUAAGAUCCGGAAGCUGGAUAACGGGGGCUAUUACAUCACCACGCGGGCCCAGUUCGAGACUAUCCAGGAGCUGGUCCAGCAUUACAGAGAGCGAGCUGCAGGCCUGUGCUGCCGCCUGGCCGUGCCGUGCCACAAGGGGAUGCCCAAGCUGGCAGACCUGUCUGUCAAAACCAAAGACGUGUGGGAGAUCCCGCGAGAGUCGCUGCAGUUGAUCAAGAAGCUGGGCAAUGGGCAGUUUGGGGAAGUGUGGAUGGGCACGUGGAACAGCACCACCAAGGUGGCAGUGAAGACGCUGAAGCCGGGCACCAUGUCCCCUGAGGCCUUCCUGGAGGAGGCCCAGAUCAUGAAGCUGCUCCGGCAUGACAAACUGGUGCAGCUGUACGCCGUGGUGUCGGAGGAGCCCAUCUACAUCGUCACCGAGUUCAUGAGCCAGGGGAGCUUGCUGGAUUUCCUGAAGGAUGGGGAUGGCCGGUUCCUGAAGCUGCCCCAGCUGGUGGACAUGGCAGCCCAGAUCUCGGCUGGCAUGGCCUACAUUGAGCGGAUGAACUACAUCCACCGGGACUUGCGUGCCGCCAACAUCCUGGUGGGUGACAACCUGGUGUGUAAGAUCGCGGACUUCGGCCUGGCCCGCCUCAUCGAGGACAAUGAGUACACGGCGCGCCAAGGUGCCAAGUUCCCCAUCAAGUGGACAGCCCCGGAGGCUGCUCUCUAUGGGAGGUUCACUAUCAAGUCGGACGUGUGGUCCUUCGGCAUCCUCCUGACCGAGCUCGUCACCAAGGGCCGCGUGCCCUACCCAGGCAUGAAUAACCGGGAGGUGCUGGAGCAGGUGGAGCGGGGGUACCGCAUGCAGUGCCCCAGCAGCUGCCCCCAAUCCCUGCACGAGUUGAUGGUGCAGUGCUGGAAGAAGGAGCCCGAGGAGCGCCCCACUUUCGAAUACCUCCAGUCCUUCCUGGAAGACUAUUUCACUGCCACAGAGCCUCAGUACCAGCCGGGGGACAACCAGUGAGCCCCACUCUCUGAGCCAACCGGCCAUGCCCAGGGGCCCUUCUCUGCAGCGGCUGCACCGGGCCAGGACUUCCCAGGUGGCACUAGGCCAGGACUCACCAUGCCAGCCAGCCGUGCCCAGGCGGCACCAGGCAAGGACUUCCCUCUUUGGACAAUCUGGGCCAGACCCUUUUUUUAUAGCCCCCUUUUGGGGGUUUUGUUACUUUCCUGCCAUCUGCGCUCCCCUCGCUCUGCCCCGGGGCGGAUGGUGCUUUGCACAUUUGCCUCCUAUUCUAAUGAGGAUCCCAGCCCAGGGCCAUUCUUGAGGAGGUGGGGAGCUGAGUGAGGCUGCCCUGCAGCCCCCUUGUUGCUCCCCCAUGGAGAAAUCUCCCCCCCCCCCCAUUUCCAGCUGCCUUCAACACCUAGCUCUUAAUGCAAGAGGUUUGUUUUUUUUUCCCUGGGAAGCAAUGAGGCCAUGCUGCCCGCAGGGGCCAGAGGCCAGCCCAGCCUGCAGACAUUGGCCCCCUGAGCUUGGAGGGAUGCUCUCAAUGUGGGGGCACUGGGUUUCGGAGGUGGCAGUGGCCGGGCCUGCUGCGCCUCAGUGGCCUUGGACAGGGCUGGGUCAGGGCCAUCGUCCUCCAACUGGAUUGCAGCAGCUUUGGAGUGUGUCUGUCAGGUCAUUCUCUCCUGGGGCUGAUGUCUGCGCCCUGUCUCCAGCCCCCCAACUCUUCAGCGUCAGACAUGUGUUGUCCCGCUCCGCCCGCCUGGCUCUGGCCAGCUGCUGGUGGCGCCAACUCCAGGAGGGGGGCACCAUCUGCCACAAAUGCCUGGGGCAGAGGAGGGGUCUUUGCUUCCCAUGGCCUGGGCACCCCACAGCACCCCAAACUGAGUCAAAGACCUUGCCGAAGCUCUCCACCUGCCAUGCAAGGCUUGGAUGGAGGCUGGGAGAGGGGAUGUGUGGAAGGUAACCGGUUCCCCCCCUUGCAGCCCAGGCAGGUACCCUUACCCCCAGGGGGUGGGGACAGGUGGGUGGGGGUCCUUCCAUCUCUAGGAGCCCCCAUCUCACUCGGGGGCUAGGGCAGGCUGUUGCCCAGCUUGUGCCACCACGGCGAGCCCCUCGCUGCCAGUCCUAUCGUGCUGUGGAACCUGUGGGGGCAGAAGCCCAUUGCUGGCCACUCCCCCAGGGAGUCUUCAAGCCUCCUUGGGUAGCAUUACAAAGCCUGGGGGUCAGGAAGUGUCUCCAGGUGGAGGCAGCACCCCACCCCCAGCUCAUCUAAUCAUCUCUUGUGGCAGGGACUAGCACGGCACACCCCCCCCCGCCACCGUUGGAGUACCUGAGGCCAGGGGCACACUCCGGACUAUUGGGGUGCGUGGAUGUAGAGCCACCCUGGCGUGGCCCCCGUCCUGUGCGUCUGCCCAGGGGGCCUGCACUGGGGUCCCAUGGGGCAGCCAGCUAGCACAUUGGAAGGACGGGGCGGAGCGGAGGGGUGACCCAGCUGCCGAUUUCUUUGCUGAGAAGCUUGGCCCUUUGCUUGUUCCCCAGCUCCCAGGCAGUCCCUAACGGACAGAUGGAAGCCAAGCCUCAUGUCUUCUCUGCCCUAGCACAGCCGGGGAGGGGGGGAACUAGAUGCUCCCAUCUCCAUUCCCCCCGUGUGGCCCCCAGUUGAGCAUUGCUGCCCUGAGGCCUGUGAUGUGGCUCGGCCCUGGCGAUUGCACCAACAGGGGGCGCGCCCCUCCCGCCCGUGAGCCCCUGGGGCCUUGCACCCUUUUGUAUGUGACUUUCCGCCAAGCUGUUCGUUUAUUUAUAAAACUUUAACAAAUCCCUUUGCCCUCCUCUCGGGGAGGAGCGGGUCCCAGUCCUCCCUGGGGCUCAGGGAGCCAGCUGGGAAAUGUGUGUGGGGGGAUAUUCUAUGUUUUUCCUCUCUUUCCCAGUUUGUAAUUCUUGCUUUUGUUUCUUUUUCUUAGCCAGAACCAAAUUGUUAAAGCCAUAAACUGCUGCCCAGGGGAGGGGAGCAGGCAGUGCCAAAUGCUUCUUAAACUGGGGGGAACAACCCCAAGGCUGGGCUGGGGGGAUGCCUGAUUUAGCCUUGUGGGGGGCAGAUGUAUGUCCCCCCUAGGAAUCCCAGGCCCUGUUCCUACUGGAAGGCACUCGGGCAGGGAGGUCAUUUCCCCCUCGGCGAGCCCAGCCCCUGCAUCUCAUGCUAAGGGUGGAGUAAGGCUCCACUCUGGACCAGCCUCGGUGGAGGGGUUGGGGGACAGGAGCAGAAUGUGAAUGCGAUUGGUGCGGGGGAAAGUGCCACCCACUCGGCCUGAGUCUCAGAGAGGCCAAGCUCCCGCAGCUCCCCCAUUGAGCCAGGGCUGCAUCCAGGGUGUGGAGCCCCUCUGAGCCAGGCACCGUGGUACUGGAGCCCUCUUUAUUCCAGGGCAUAAUUUAUAACCGUUAACUUUAAUUCUCCUUUGACAACGUCCAGCAGAGGGGUCUGACCUUGCUCCUACAGCCAGCCGAGGGGGCUUGCUCCCUGCCGCUGCGGGCUCUGGUCCUUGACUGGGAGAUGGACACAGGGCCACGGGCCAGCCUUUGGCCCGUCCGCCCAGCUACAGCACAGAGCGUUCGAGGCCGCGCCUGCCUGUGGGAGUUCUGCCGAGGCUCCCUGCCCAUGCUGCGAUGGUUUUUUUUAAAAUUGAUCUGUAAAUAAAGAGAAAUAAACCUUUC